AUGACUAGUCACUGGCUCUUUCACACGCCGGGCCAUUGUCUGACUGUCUUGAACAACCAGCGGGUCCAGCAGGAACGCCUCCAAGGACGCAUCGACACAAAUGUUAACAUGCACACUAGACUCGUCCUUUACAUUUGCAUUUUCCAGCCUGACGGAACAUUACUCCUAUUUCCAGCGUCAGCAGAUGACCCAGCGAAGCAGUGGACCGUACCGACUGCCACCUACGACAUCACUGCUGGUCAGAAUCCUGAUCCGAUUUGCAACGUAGUUCUGAGGCACCUCCUGAGGCUCGAUCUUGAUCCCAAGACGUUCAGAGUCUCCAAUUCAUGGAGUUCAGCUUAAGGGAGCCCCAGAAGUGGUGCGCUGACUAUACGCACUCGGUUCACAUGCUUGUCAUUCUGUCUGCUGGCGUCAAAAGUCCCCAGAGCCAUCUCCACUUUGAAGAUGUGGCAUACACUAUCCGAUACGUCAACCAGCAAGAGGCGAGGCAAACACACUUUUUCGGCGACUACAACCCAGUGCCAGCCGGCUGCCGGUUCGACUUCCUCUACGCGAAUGCUGCAUUCCUCCAGGUCGGAUUCGCCACCAAGAGUGCUGUCAGAUCCCACAUCAUGUCGCGCAGCGCCGACGCUGCUCUCCCGUACAUUUGCAGAAAUGCUCUAUUCGCGAUCCUGGUAGUUAAGAACAUCCGCCAACAUCAGAAUGCGUUGUACGGACUCAUUGGACAUCCGCUUGUAGACAGCAGCGGAGGCCAUGGCCAGGUGUUACCCAUCAUGAACGUGAGCGGUCCGCAAACCCUGCAGAAUGUGCCGGAGAGGAUCACGGUCAUGGGCCAGCCGCACAAUGUGAUCAGCAGAUGGCAAUCAAACGGAAUAAUCGAGGUCAAGAAUCUCUUCGAUUGGAUGGAUUUGAUGAGUGAGAAUGGACGUAUCCGGGUCGUUUGGGACUGA